GAAGAUAUUUUUAUGACAACUGUUUUGUAUUGUGACAUCUCUUGAUAUGGACUGAGUUUCAUUUUCCAUGUGGAAAUAAAUCAGAAAAAUAGAGACUCCUUUUGAGACCAAAAUAAAAGAUAGAAGGAAGAGGACAACUUGAAUGGAAAAAAAUAUCCAAUUGGUUCUCAAAACCUCUACCACCAAAGUCUUCGCUUAUUGAACAGACCUCAUUGCCCCUGAAGAUGUUGGAGGGAAAAGCUGUGGUGCGUGAGACAGACAUGCCAGAAGUGGUUCAGAACCAUGUUAUGGAGUUAGCUUACCAAGCUCUCGACGCCCAUGAAGUCAAUGAUUGCCAAUCCGUUGCCUAUUAUAUCAAACAGAAACUUGAUGAAGCAUAUGGACCUGCUUGGAAUUCAGUAGUAGGAAAAGACUUUGGUUCUUGCAUUACACAUUUAUGUGGAAGUUUCAUAUUCUUCCGUGUGGAGAUGAUGGAGUUUCUGAUAUUCAAGGAUGGGACGGAUUUCAGUGAAAGCAGAGAAGAAGCAAUUGGAGUGCAGCAGAAGGCCGAAAACAUUGAUUGAUAUAAAUAAUUAGUCAUUAAGGCUUAUCACACUAUCAUAAUAAAGUCAUCUGAUUAAUCAUCUCUAAUUUACCUGUCAUGAAUAGAAUAUUUAUCCAUUAUUCCUGUGUCUACAUAUUUUCUGAACACUAAACAGGAGUGCAAUAUCGUGUCUAAUGCUCCCAAGAACAUUGUAUUGCCAGUACCAAUCUUGACAAAACCCUUUUGUUAAAUGUCAUAGAUACAGCAAAUAGUAAUUCAUAGA